GAAGAAGAGUAUAUGUUUUUCCUAGUCACCCAUGGCAGCCAUUCACCAAUGGGUUAAAUCCACUCACCAGGCCAAUGGACAGGAUCCUCCCCAAGCAAUUAAAAGCGCCCGCCCCCUUAUACUCACUGUCUUUUUUUCCUGUCCACGGGCUGAUGGUGCAGGUGGAUGAUUCCCAGCAGUAAGGGGGCUCUCUGCUCUCUCUCUCGGUUCCCCCUUACAGUUGCUGAAGUCCCAGUAGCUCCCCCUGAGUUGGGGUUAGCAAGGGAGGGACCAGGCGUUUGCGUGGAGGCAUCCUGUGUCCAGCCGUACCUCCCGUAGUAUGCGGGUUAGGGAGGCGAAGGAGGUGUGGCGCAGUGUGGCGCCGAAACCGGAAGUGACGUCACAACUACCGCGAGAGUUUCCUACACUAGGCUGGAUGCGGAGCGCCGUAUGGGCGGAAGUACCUCAGGCGCCAUUUUGGAAUCUGGCAGCAUGGCGAACCGGAAGUGGGGGUUUUCGCGCCUGAGAUGCGCCAAACAGUAUUUUAGUGCGUUCAGGUAGGCAGGGAUGCCCUUCUUUAAAAAGUUUCUUUGCUACUUGUGACACUGGGUCCUGCAGGAGCCUGUUUAUUCUGCUGAUACAGGUAUGUGCAGUAGUAUUAUGCUGCCAGGAUAUUUUUGUUUGUCUAGGAGAUAGACUAAAAGUUUGUUUUUAUGCAGCACCUCUAUGGAGUCGGGAAUGCCGGGCAAACCACCUCACCCCAAAGGGAAAAGCCUUCCUGCCACUGAGAAGAAAGACAAAACGCCAGAAAAGGCUACGUCAGUUCAAGCUCCAGGAGAACCAGGAGUGUCAGCUUCUCUUGAAAAUCAAGCUUUUGCUGAAUCUUUGGCUGCGGUCAUUAAGCAAGCGGUGGUGCAAGGUUUUCAGGAAGUAGCAACUUCUAAAAAGAGGGCAAGACAUGGUUACUCCAGACAAAUAGAUUCCCUUUCUGAGGUUUCGGAGGGAGAACUUUCGGAAGAUUCAGAAUUAGAUUCUCCUUUAGGUUCGGAAGAAGGGGAGAUUGACAUGGAGGAGGACUCCAAUUUUGAUCUGGCAGUGAUCGAGCCUCUGAUAAAAGCAGUUAGGCAGACGCUGACCUUCCCCAUGGAACCUGCCAGAUUAUCUUCAGCUGAUAAGUUGUUCCCGUCUCUGAAGAAGAGGUCGGUAUGCUUUCCAGUUCACGCCUCAAUUAAAGAUAUUAUUAUGGCAGAAUGGAAAAAAACAGAAAAAAGACCUCAGACUGUAGGAAAAUUUCUUAAGAAAUAUCCAUUUGCAGAAGAGGAUUCGAAAUUUUGGGAUUCAUCCCCUAAGGUGGAUGCAGCGGUUGUGAGACUGGCAAGAAAGACCACCUUACCGGUGGAUGAUGCGGCAGCUUUCAGAGAACCGAUGGAGAAAAAGAUUGAAUUUAAUCUUAAAAAAUCUUUUGGAGCAGCAGGGGCAGCCUGUAGACCGGCAGUGGUGCUCACUUCAGUUUCGCGAGCCUUAAAAGUGUGGCUAGCUGAGGUAGAAGAAGCAAUCUCGUCUAAUGUAAAAAGACCUAAAGUGUUGGAAAUGCUGGCUGACUGUAAGUUGGCGGUUGAUUUUAUGUCAGAAGCUUCUAUUGAUCUAGUCCACUUUAUGGCAAGAUCUAUGGCACUGUCGGUGGCAGCAAGGAGAGCGUUGUGGCUUAAACCUUGGGCAGCAGAUGCAGCCUCGAAAUCCAACUUAUGCCAACUACCAUUUGAGGGAGAAAUGUUGUUUGGAGAGAGAUUGGAUACAAUCAUCAAGAAAGUAUCUGGAGGAAAAAGUGUGUUCCUUCCUCAGGAAGGAAGAAACAAAAGGAUGAGGUUUGAUACAUCUUUUCACAGAGAGAAGGAGAGAUCAUUUAGAACAUCCAAACAAUAUAAGCCAGGGAAAGAAUUUAACAGACAGUCGUCCUGGAGAUCGGCCGUCAAAGCUCAAGAGGCAAUUUCAGGAGAUCGAGAGGUUUCUCCACCUCAGGCUCAACGGCUCAGCAGCAAUGAGGGUGUCUUGGCUCAGACGAAAGUAGGAGGCAGAUUGGCGCUAUUCGCUCAUGUCUGGGCCAGAAACAUUCAGGAUCGCUGGGUAUGCGAUACAAUAGAAAGAGGUUUUUGUUUAGAGUUUUCAAAAAUUCCCAAAGAAGAUUAUUUUGUAACUUCAUCUUUGCAGGAGUCAGAAGAAGCGCAAGGUCUGUUCCAGGAGUACAUGGAUCAGCUAUUUGCUUCCGAGGCAAUAGAAGUCGUUCCUCCUUUCGAACAAAGAAGGGGGUUUUAUUCAAGAUUAUUCCUAGUAAAGAAGGCUUCAGGCGCUAUGAGGCCAGUAUUAGACAUGAGGAGGCUAAACAAAUUUCUACAAAAAAAGAAAUUCAAGAUGGAGUCCCUAGCAUCAGUGAUACAGGCGAUCUCGGUUGGGGAUUGGCUCACCAACAUCGACUUGAAGGAUGCGUAUUUUCAUGUGCCAAUUUGUCAGGACCACAGAAAGUUUCUGAGGUUCGAAGUGGGAGGGGUACAUGUGCAAUUCAAAUGUCUCCCAUUUGGCCUGUCGCAAUCCCCAAGAGUGUUCACAAAGAUUUUGGUGACAUUAAUAGCCGAAUUAAGGAAGGAAGGAAUUUCAGUCUUUCAUUACUUAGACGAUAUUCUGGUAACGGCAAGAACAAAGAGAGAGGCAGAGAUUCAAACAACGAGGGUGUUGGAAUCGCUAGAGCUACACGGCUGGAUAGUGAAUUUAGAAAAGAGCAGUCUAGUUCCAUCAAAGUCUCUCGUCUUUUUAGGGGCUCUUUUCCAGACACAAAGGAAUUUGGUAAGUCUUCCUCUUCUAAAACAAAGGAAGAUUAUUCAGGCGAUAGAAGACUUCAGAAGUCAGGAAGUAGUCUCAGUGCGCCAGUGUUUGAAGAUCAUGGGAUUGAUGUCCUCAACGAUCCAGAUCGUAAAAUGGUCAAGGUGGCAUUCAAGACCAUUACAAAAUUUUGUGCUCAGGAAAGUAAAAAAUCCUCAAGAAAACCUACGAGAAAAAUUGACUCUGUCUCAAGAAUUAAAAAACGUCCUAAAUUGGUGGUGUGUUCCAGAGAAUUUGGGAAGAGGUACCCCACUAGAGGAGCCAGACUGGAUAACAGUUACAACAGAUGCAUCAGGAGUCGGCUGGGGAGCCUACAUAGGAGAUGUAUGCGUUCAAGGUUCUUGGGAGUUAAGUCACGUCUCCUCAAAUGUCAUAGAGUUAAAGGCAAUAAAAGAGGCGCUUUUAGCCUUGGCAGACCAUCUGAAAGGAAGAAGUGUAAAGGUGUUUUCCGACAAUACCACAGCAGUGGCCUAUGUGCAGAAGCAAGGAGGUACAAGAAGCCUGGUCUUGUCGGAGGAAGUAAAACCAAUUUUUCAGUGGGCAGAGUCUUGCCUAGAAAAUAUCACUGCAGUACAUCUUCCAGGAAUAGAAAACCAAAAAGCAGAUUUUCUAAGUCGAAGUCGAGUGGAUCCGGGAGAGUGGAGUCUUCACGACGAUAUCUUUCAAGAUCUGGUAGAUACUUGGGGAGUACCGGAGAUAGAUGCCAUGGCUACCAUUCACAACAGGAAGUGCAGAAGGUUUUUUUCCAGAUUCCCAUGCACAGAGGCAGAAGCCGUAGAUGGUCUAAGGCAGGACUGGUCAAGAGAACUAAUCUUUGUGUUCCCUCCAAUUCCCCUGGUCUGGAAGGUCCUAAAGAAAAUAGAGCGAGAAAAGGCCAAUGCUAUAGUAAUAGCACCAUACUGGCCAAGAAGACCUUGGUUUCCUCUUCUACACAGACUGUCCUUAGGACAGCCCAAGCAGAUUCCGAGGUUCCCAGGUUGGUUGUCCCAGAGACUAGUUCAGUUUCACAAGGAAGAUCACCUUUGCUUGACGGCCUGGAGGUUGAGAGGAGGAGACUGAGAAAACUAGUGUACAAAGAGAAGUUAGUAGAUUUUCUGUUGAAUGCAAGGAAAAGAUCUACAUCUACACAAUACUAUAAGAUCUGGGAGACGUUUGUG